GGUAACGACAUACUCUCACUAGGAUUUUCGUGCAUGUAUCUUGCCGCAAAUGCGGACCGCAUUCAGAUCGAAAAUUCCAGUGUUUCUGGGAGCGAGACUCUGGAUAAGAUUGAGAUUCUGGAUAAGAUCGGGACUGUGGAUAAGAUCGAGAUUCUGGAUAAGAUCGGGACUCUGGAUAAGAUCGAGAUCGAGAUUGUGGACAAGACCGAGAUCGAGAGUGUGGAUAAGAUCNUGGAUAAGAUCGAGAUUCUGGAUAAGAUCGGGACUCUGGAUAAGAUCGAGAUCGAGAUUGUGGACAAGACCGAGAUCGAGAGUGUGGAUAAGAUCGAGAGUGUGGAUAAGAUCGACAGGAGUUUGGAUAAGAUCGAGAUUCUGGAUAAGAUCAAUAUCGAGAUUGUGGAUAGAUCGAGACUCUGGAUAAGAUCGAUAUCGAGAUUGUGGAUAAGAUCGAGAUUCUGGAUAAGAUCGAUAUCGAGAUUUCGAGAUUGACGUACAGGCAAGAUGGCGGCCGCUAAAACCGGUGGCAUUGAUGUGGAGAAGUUGAAGUCGAAGAUCGUGGAGGCGAGGAAGACGUCGAGGCUCAACUUAAGCUACUACUUCCUGACCGAGGUGUCGAUCAAUAUGGUCAUGCAAAUCAAACAAAUGGCUCCUACCCUGCAGGAGUUGGAUCUGCGAAGCAAUGCGCUGUCGUCCCUCCCACCGGAAAUGGCUGAACUGAGGAAUCUGAAAGUGCUGAAGUUAAAUUACAACAGGUUCAUCGAGUUUCCAAAGGUAGUCUGCAGCCUUCCUAAGCUGCAAGUCCUUGAGCUGAGUGGAAAUCAGCUUGCAGAUGUCGACUACGCGAUCGGGAGUCUCGCAAACUUAAGGGAGUUGGAUCUGAGUGGCAACAAGAUCCAACGGUUGCCACCGAGUUUCAUCAACCUGUCGUCUCUCAUUUCCUUCAAUAUAGGGAACAACCAGCUGAUGGAAGUCCCGGAGCACAUAGACGCAUUGCCGAAUUUGUUGCGAGUCGACUUCAGCUCUAAUCGGCUAACGAGGCUUCCGGAGACGAUUGGCAAUUUGCCGGCGUUAGUGAAGUUGGACCUGAGCGGUAAUCAGCUGACAACGGUGCCGACUUCGAUCGGGUACAUGAAGCAGCUUCGGGAACUGAACGUGAAGAACAACGAACUGAAAGAACCGUGGAAGACGAAACAGGAGAUGGGAUUCGUGAAGUUCAUGGAGUAUCUCCGAGAAGAGAACGAGCGGCAAAAACUGGAGGAGAUGGAGAAGAGAAAGCCUGUGGGAGUAGAGAUUGGUCCUUACAUGGAAUAUCACGUGAAGUCGGCGUACUCAGAGUGUCCUGUAGUUCGGACUGGCCACACGCUAGUCCCCGGCGAAACGCAUAUUUACCUCUGGGGCGGAGUCGUAAACCAAGAGAAAGCUACGGAGCUGUGGCGAAUAGACUACCAAUUCUUAACGUGGGGAAAACUGUAUCCUGAGGGGAUCAGUCCUGCUCCGAGAGAGAACCAGUGCGCAGCCAUAGACCAGAAAAGCAAUCGGUUGUUCAUCUUCGGAGGACGUGCUGCUGAGCGCAAAAGACUGAACGACUUCCAUUACCUCGACCUGCAGACCGUCACUUGGCAGAAGCCCCUGACGGAUGGAGCUGUGCCGACCCCAAGAGAGGGCGCUUGCAUGCUUGUCGGGUUGGAUGGCACCAUAUAUGUCUUUGGCGGUCAUGGAAGCCGUCAGAGACUCAACGACCUAUUCACUCUCAAUCCUGAAACCUGGACCUGGUCUCAGCGCACACCCAUCGGAACGGUCCCCCCUCCCAGACAGAAUGCGGCCAUGGUCAUGACGGAGGGCAGACUGUUCGUCCAUGGCGGCAAGAGCAACCAAGUGAUGUCAGACCUCCACAUGCUUGAUCUCAAUGGAAUGAUAUGGUACAAGGUUACCGUGGGCGGGCAGGUUCCGCCUCCCAGGUUUGGGCACGUAAUGACGGUGGACGAAGAUACGAUCUUCAUCUAUGGCGGGGUCGAGGACAACGCCGUGAUCCAGCCCGUGUACUCGCUGUUCAAACUGGACCUAGAGACACAGAAAGAACAGCAACGGAUCAAAGAUAUGGAGGAAGCUAUGGCAUCCAGUUCUUUGCUUCGCAAGAAAUCUCAAUCUCACAACUUGAAGGAUGUUCCCACAGGGUUCUACAAAUCCCAGCUCCCUCUUCCAGGGGGAUCUAAAGCUGGAAAAACUCCUCGCGCCUCCAAGAGGAUCCGUGUAAUGGGUACGAAGUUGUGGACCGAAAUGGAACAUCGAGCAAUUGCCGAUAAUGCAUCUCGAACAUUCUGUUUUGCAGGGGGGCGGUUAUUACUCUUCCAAAGCGGCUCAGCACAGAAACCAGAACAGAAGAGUGCAGCAGCUGGGACGGAUGCUGCGGGAACAAAUCCCCCUGAAAGUGCUUCUGCUGCUGCUUCUUCUUCCCUUCCCGCACUUCCCCCUCCUGCUGUCCCCACUUCAGCUGCUUUUUCUCCCUCUUCAGCACCACCCACAUCUUCUCCUCCUCCUCCUCCUCCCGCUCCGGCUGCUCCUGGUGCUGCUGGUGCUCCUAGUGCUCCUGCUGCUUCUCCUGCUGCUGCUCCUGCUGGUGCUCCUGCUGCUUCUCCUGCUGCUGCUCCUGCUGCUGCUCCUGCAGCUUCUCCUGCUGCUGCUUCUGAUGCUGCUCCUGCUGCUGCUCCUGCUGCUGCUGGUACAACCUCUGCGCUCGAUGCUGCUAUUGCUGCAGCGAUAGCGGUAGAAGAGGACAUACUUAUGGGUCUGAACACCGUCCCGACCGCGGCACCUGCCCCCGAAAACCCAGAUGUCUGGGACACAUUUCUUUACGGUAAUGUGCACAGGUUUGAUCGUAUGAGCCUUGAGGGAAGCAGCUUGAAGAGGCUGCAUCCGAAGAAGAAAAGGAUACAAAUCACGCUGCAGACAAUGAUGGAUAAGCUCCCUGCUUCUUUCACCACCAUCUCGCCCAAGGAGUACAAGUUGCUGGAGCAUGUGCACAGGUUUUAUUACGAAUACCGUGAGCUAUAUCCUCGCAGGGGCAACCUGAUGCUCAUUGCCAAGAACGAAUGCAAUGUAGGUAAGUUCGUGUGCAGCACCAUUCGUCCCAGCAUGCUUCCUUACACGGAGCUGUACAAUGUCAAUACUUGCAGCAACUUUGUGUCGGAGUUUCUGGAGUACACUCCUUUGGAAGACCCACUGACUUUUCCCUCCCAUCUCCCCUCUCCCUGGUCCAUCGUCCAAUGGCAAGUCGGCGACUCCUUCGACUUCAGUGUUGUCCUCGCCUCUCUCCUGAUCGGUGUUGGGUACGAUGCUUACUGUGUUGCGGGGUACGCUCCCAAGCACAUCACCCUUAACAUCCUCGAGUACACGGACUACCCGCCUCCCAACCAGAUCGAUCCGCUCACGCUGAAACACCGCCCAUCGUUCAUCCUCUCAACUCUGGGCCCUCAUGUUCCCGCAGAUGCCCCUGCCAAAAGCCAACCUCAAUCCACAGACCCACCACCGAAGCCCAAGUAUGCCAUACGGAAGACCCCUGUUUUGGAAAGCAAGUUCCUUAAAGAUCUUGAUGAGAGAGCGAGGGAGGCCAGACGGAUUGCUGCAGCUGCAGCAGCGAUGGUUCGGAUGAAAAGGAAGAAGAGGAAAAAGAAGAAGGGCAAAAGGCUAUAUGAAGGUCAAGGGAUGGAUCAUGAUAUCACGGAGGGCUCAGCACUCGAACGAGAAGCUCGGGCCAAUGCCCGAUCUGAUCUGUCCAACGUGCAAGCGGUUAAAAGUGGUCUCCUUUCAAGUGCAGAUUUGGCUGCCUCUCCCCAGACGAAGGGUGACAAUCUGUCAAACGGUCACGGGAACUCUGCAGGCAGGCCUCCAGAGUCUGACAAAGAGAAUGAUUCUUCCAUAGCAAAUACUCUUCCGCAGACUGCUACUGUAGCAGCUCAGGAUCAUACACAGAGAGCUGCUGCAGCUGAGGAAGGUGACUUGACAAAAAAGGUACCGGAAGCCAAAGCAAACGAUCUUCAGCCAAAUGGUACGGAUGAAAAAACAGAGUCUUCUGCGCAGAAGGAUGUCUCAGUGGAGGUCGCGCCAAAAACAGAGGGAACCGAUCCACAGGCUCAGCCAACAGCGGCGGAUGGAGGAGGUGCAACGUCUGGUGAUGAAACUUCAGGCGUGGGGGAAGGUCAAGGGGAGGAGGAGGAGCAGGAGGCAGAUGGAGGUGGUGCGGAUGAUGAGGAAGGCGAGGAAUCCGAUGAGGAAGAAGAUGAAGAUGAUGAGCAGAAGGGCAGUGAAGAAGGGGAUGAGAAUGAAGAGGGUGAGACGGAGGUGGGUGAGAAAGGUACGAUGAAGGAUGAGCUUGAGCGACGGAGAAUGCAUUCCUGGGUACUGGUUGCUGCUGGGAGGAGGGAGGUUGGCGAAAGCUUCUUUGUGGAGCCAACAACCGGGAGGUUUUACACGUUGAAGACCUCACCGUACGAAGCAGUGGAGUUUGUGUGGAACCACUGCAACUUCUGGAUCAAUAUGCAGCCUAAUACGGAGCGAUCUGGGGUAGCCUCGAUCUCCUGGGAUUUCACGAAUUACAAGCUGUGGGAAAGAGUGUUGGACGACAUAAGCGAUGAGUGCAUACCCUUGGAUCCCGCAGGAGCUGAACGAGGGGAUUCUCGAUCCCAGCUCCAAGACAACCCACAGCAGGGAGACGGUUCAGCCACACCUCUGGGCGCAACUUCUCUUGUAGCCACGACAACAGCCGCGGCAGGCGGCACAGCAGCUGAGACGCCAGGGGACACUCAGCGCAGUCCUACUAUUAAGUCAGUUGCAGGUGGAGGAGGACCAGCAUCAGACCGUAGCGAUGUCACUGCCCCGGUCUCGGUGGAAAAGGGUGCUGGAACGGAAAGCCGACCUCAGAGUUCAAGCCGCUUGCUGCAAUCAGGCAGUCUUUCUCCAACUACAGGUGGAGCGGCUGCAUCAGAAGGGGCGGGAGAUGAAGGUGGUGGGGAUCCCUUAGGUGACCUGAAGAAGAGCGGGGCGACCAAGGGCACGAGCACAAGAGCACCAUCUACUGCCGGUGGUCCAAAGCCAACCUCGUUAGGGUCUGCGGGCAGUGCUCGAGCAGCUGGCACACCCAUGGCACUGGUCCAUCCUGCAUUGACUCGACUAGGGCUUGCCACCACUCCUCGCAACCACAGUGCAGCUAGCUCUGCUGAGCGGAGUAGCUCUAAAGGCACCAGCGGUGGUGGUGGCGGUGGGGACCGCGAAGGCGAGGAUGGAGAUCAUGAUGAUGGCGAUGCAUGCAAAGUCACUGAGAGAGAUAUGGCUGAGAUCAACCACUGGCUUCUUCCCAAGUCAUGGGUGCCGAAGCUUGUGAUCACACGUGAGGCAUUUGACACCCGAUGCCCUAGGGGAACCAAGUUGAUCCUGUACAGAAGGUGCACUUACGAGAUUUUCGCUAUGUACGGUGAGUGUGCAAGAUGGGAUGGACUGCAUCAACGAGUCUGUUUUUUUCUCGACGACGAGCGAACAAUAAUGAGCGAGUGUCGUGAGUAUUUCCAGAGACGAAAGGAUCGGCUGAGGGAGAGGAGAACUCUUCCUCUGGAAGAUAAAAUGCAGGAGAUGUUCGAUCAAGGAACAGCCUUCGGUUUGAGGGAGAUCAUCUCCAUUGCAGGGGUCAGCAGAACCAUCAUAUUUUACCCUAACUCUCGAUUAGAUGGGCUGGUAAAGAGAGAGGAGAUUCUGGGGCAGAAGAUGAUAGAGACGUUUGACAACCGCGAUGAUUUUCUUAUCUAUCGCAGUGCCCGAUAUGCUCCUCCUGAUUCCGUAGAGUCGCCCGAUUCUGCUGCAUCUCCCGUCACAGUGGCCAACAAGGCAGUAGUAACAGGGGGAGAAACAGCAGGAACAGCCGCUGGAGCAGCAGCAUCACCCACGGCCGUUGGUGGAGGAGGAGGAGCCACAGACCUAACACCCGAGCCCAGCCAAUUGCAGUUGUCGGCAACAAAUACCAGCCAAGAAGGUGCUGGCGGAGGCGGCAGUAAACCAGAACUUGAGCGCUCACUAUCACAAUCGGUUAUGGGACCGGAGUCGGCUAUUAACAGCAACAGUCCUUCAUCAGCAGUGGCAGGAGUAGGAGGAGUAGCUGGCGGCGGAGGAGAGAGUACUCUGACCUCCAGGCCUGCAAGCAGUGUUGCGGAUAGUUCGAUGGCGGGAGCGGGGCAAGCCAAAAGCUUGCAGUGGGCGCUUCCCAGUAAAGCAGCACAAAGUACCACAUAUACGUCCAAUCUCCUUGGGAGUGGGGGUGGAAAGAAGGUUGGUUCAGGGGACAAGCCCCGAGGAGAAACGGGUGAGUGGUCCCCACCAGGUUUUGGUUCUCGGGGUCGCGCUUCGUCGGUUACGGUUCCCGUUCUGCCUAUUGCAAAGAUGACAGAGAAGUUAGCUCGGAACCAUGAUAAACGAGCGCAGGAGGACAUGAAGAAACGAUCGUUUCAGUUAAGUCUGGACCAAAUCAGUGUCAAAUUCCACUAUGCCGAGUCGAGGAUCACCGCGGGAUCUCGCAUAUACACGAAAGAUGGUUUGUCGACGAUCACCCAAGUCGAUCCCUUUGAGCCGCGGCCUAAGGAGUCCGCUUUAAUGGACGAGUACCAGAAACUGUUAGUUGCCGAACGCAAGUGUAUGGAAGCAAUCCGACAGUCUGAGAAGGAGACACUAGAGAUUAUCGAACAAAGAGCUAAGGAAGAACAAUCUGUCACUUUGGUCGUGCCUUACUACGAUGUAGUCCGCGUGAAGAAGGAAGAGAGCGACGAAGAUAAAGAGGAGGAGGUGAAGGUGGUACACGAUUACCUGUCGCCAUUCCUGCCCACCGGCCCAAGGGCUCUGAUGCCGCUAUCUCGCAAGGAUAUGAUGGAGGUAAGGGACAAAUGCCUAAAGGCCCUCAAGGAUCGACUCAUCCAACGGGCCAAUAUUAUCCAAGCUCGGUACGAUGACGAGACCGCCGCUCUUGCCAAACGCCAAGCCAACUUCCAUCGUGAUCGUGACCAAAUGACUAAAGAGGAGGAAGAUGAGUAUGAGCUUGCUUGCGAAGAGUCUCUCUUCCGCAUCCAUAUAAUUGAAAAGAGACUCAAGCGACAUGAAGAGCAAUCCUUACAGAAGUACUAUGAUUUGGAUGCCAAGCUUCGAAGUGACCCUCGCCUUGCGGGACUCACAGAAGGCGUACACUCACCGCAACCGUCUACUUAGAUUCCUCGUUAUCGCCAUCAUGAUCGUCAUCAUCAUCAUCAUCAUCAUCAUCAUCAUCAUCAUCGUCGUGUACGCGUAACUUAUUUCCCUGAACACAACACAGGGUCAUCAUAGCUGUGUUUAGUGCAACUUUCACAUCAGAUAGAGAUAUAAUGACCAUGCAUGGCGUUCUGGAAAAGACAAUACGACCGUAGUACAGAAUAUCAAGCAUAAGGCACAGAGCUCCAAGUAUGGGCUCCUGAAGGUUUAAAACAGUGAAUGCAAUUCGCAAUUUUGCACUGAAGAGAGAAUUCAAAUUGAUGAAUGGGCCUAUCUGAGUUGGUACACCCAUGAACUGCUGAAAUGCAGACCAGGGUUCAAAUCUGGAUACCACCAGAUGACCAGAAUAGAAUCAUUCUGAAUGACCUGGGGCCAGUCCGUUCGACGAUGAUAUCUCAAGGCCGUCGCCCAGCACCAGUACACGGGCACCUGGGCCACGGGCCUAACACCUCAAAUUCUGGAGGCGCGAAACAAAAACGCGACCGCCGA